AUCAUUCGGACAGUUGAUGCCGAUCCGUUCGGUUCUGCUAUAUAUAUAAUAUUCAAUUGAGCGGUUGGGAUUCUCGAAGUCAAAAUGGGCUGUACAUCCGGUUGUUUUAAGUGUUUCCUCAACGUUCUCAACACAGUCUAUGCGCUUUUUGGCCUGUUGAUAAUAGGUCUAGCUACGCUGGGUCUGCAUCAAGCACCUACUGCGUACAUUAUCUAUCUGUAUGUGAUCGGUGGGGUACUGUUUGCAUCGUCCAUUAUCGGCUGCUGUGGCAUCUGCCAGGAGAGUGUUUGUCUGACCACAACGUAUGGGUUCCUUCUGUUGACAUUACUCGUUGUGCAAUUACUGGGAUUGUUUGGAAAAAAAUUUGAUAUGGAUUACAUAAAACGCUUUGCGGUCGAUGAUGUCGAUGCCAACUGGAAUCAAGAGAUGGUCAAUCCGGGCGCAAUGGAUAAGAUACAACGAACGUACACGUGCUGUGGUCGUAAUGGUCCCGAUGACUAUGCGAGCAUAGGACGUGAAACGCUACCGGACAGUUGUUAUGCUGAUGGGAAAACCAAUCUACCCUACUAUACCACGGGUUGUGUGAAAGCUGCUGCCGAUGAGUUCUUGAUAAACUUUAACUAUGUCAACAAUAGUAAAUGGGGCUCGGUUGCUGUUACGGCCCUGUUGUGCUUCUGCACUUUCUAUUUGGUGCAUCGAUUCCGCAAGGAACGCCGAAGAUACACAUAUCAUUAUUAAAAUCCAUUAAUCUAUAUACAAUUUUUGUAAAUUCGAAAUUAAUUUGAUUAUGUUUCAACAAUAUGUUUUUAGACACUUACAAAUAAACUGUUUGAUGAAGUCACGCAAAUCCAGUA